UUUUAGGACUUAGAAAAAUGUACUAGUGAAACAACAGUCCAAGGUAAGGACUUAGGAGUGCAAGUGCAAACCAAUUUAAUCAAAACAUGUGCGCGAAAAGUACUCUGUGCAAAAAUGACACACACCUGGCAAGAACUUAAAGAGCAAGUGCAAGCUCAAGUGGACGCAAUCCAGUUUAUGGACAAAGUGGGUAAAGAAAUUUACCACCGAGUGAAUAACACGCGUUUCCGAAACUUAAGAAAUUUACGGUACGUGCCCCUCAACGGAGUGAGUAUCGAGAGCUGCUGGGCAUGUGCGGAUGCUCAGAUCGAGUGCGAAAAGAAAAAAUCUGAACAAACAGUGAAACAGUGACAUGGUACAACAUGAGUAAAUCGCAAUCAAAGAACACGAACCAAAACGGCGAUCCCCAGGUAACAGUUAUCCAAAAUCAAGAGCAACAUAGCUCUGAGCAUGGUAUGCAAACUUUGCUACUGUGUUUAAUUUUAGUUACUGAUGUACUCCAGCUCGCUAUUACGCUAUACAAAACAUAUAAAAAGCGAGAAAAGAAAGUGGCAUUAAAAGCUGCACGAUCGAUCGCAGCACUUAAUGUGUAGAACAAAUUGAUGAACUAAAGAACUAAAUAGCGAUGAUAAGUAGUGUCGUGAAAGAUUGAUGAACUAAAGAACUAAAUAGUGAUGAUAAGUAGUGUCGUGAAAGAUUGAUGAAUGAACUGUACCAGAAACAACCGGAACCAGGAAUCGUGAUCCCGCAGACACCCGUUUGCAUCGGAAAUAUCAUGAUUGAGUCACCGAUGACAAAUGCCCGGGGCAAACAGCUCGGCGAGGCCAACCGUUUCCAACAACUGUGAGAUGAGCUACCGGAACAAGAGGAACGCGAAAGGAUGUUUUUGUUUAUGGCGCGGGUGUGCUGAAAUACAAGCGAUGCUAAUUUGCAAACACAACGGGUGAUGUUUUAAAGAUAACACUGAUCUUGAUAGCAUAGCGAAUUCAGAAUGAGUGGGGUGCAGAAUGAAGGAUAUGAACACGAUAAGAACGGCAUGCAGAUAUCUCAUCGCAAAAGCGGGGCAUCCAUUAAUAACGAGGCACCUGAAUUCGCUUCACCGCUCACCACAACGGAGGUCCAGCCAAACGAUGGAGACGCGAGCAGCAAAUGGAGAGGACUAUUGGACAAGUACAAGACACACAUACGGAUAGCGUGGAGUGUGGCACUCAAUGCCGGGGUCAUCAUAUUUUUCGGUUUCGCCACCAAUUACUACCUCGAGAAAGAGGAAACAUGUCGCACAGACUGCGGAAUGCAGUGGUGCGACGGCUACGGUAUGCUCGUACUUCUCUUGGGUUUCCUGUAUCUUGGAUUGGUGUACUUCCUGGUUCUAAAACCACUAAUUGGCAAGGCGUUCAAACAAAACAUAUCCAAGCCACUGUCCAGAUUCCUACGGGAAACGUUCACCAGUUUAUACGCUAAGUUAGCAGUCGUUGCGGUGGUACUGGUAGGAUUUGCCUUAUUCUGUUUCUUUGAAACCCGAGACGAUCCGGAAAGGUUGAUGUCGCUGGUCGGCAUGGUUGUUCUGUUCAUGAUUGCCUUCCUGUGCUGCAAACAUCCGACAAAGAUCAAUUACCGGCCGGUCGUGUUGGGCGUAAUCUUUCAGUUCCUACUCGGUCUGUUCUGUAUCCGAUGGGAGGUCGGCCGAAGCAUAUUCAGCUGUAUCGGAGAUAAAGUGGCUACCUUCCUAAACUAUUCGGCUGACGGUGCUGUUUUUGUCUACGGAGAAUUCAUAGUGCGCGAAGCGGCCGUUUUCGCCUUUGCCGUAUUAUCUGUGAUAUACUUCUUCAGUUUUUGCAUCUCGAUUCUGUACUAUCUGGGAGCGAUGCAGUGGAUCGUGCUGAAACUCGGCUGGGUCCUGCAGUCCAUACUGGGGACGACGGUGUGCGAAAGUAUCAUCUCGGCGGCAAACAUUUUCCUGGGGAUGGGCGAAUCGCCUCUGCUGAUUCGGCCGUACAUCAAAGAUCUAACGUACUCUGAAAUACACGCCAUUAUGUCCUCCGGGUUCGCUACGGUCUCAGGCACCGUACUAGCGGCUUACAUCUCUUUUGGCGCGGAACCGGCUCACCUCAUCACGGCCAGCGUGAUGGCCGCUCCGGCUGCUCUCUGUUUUGCUAAGUUGAUAUAUCCGGAAACGGAGGAAAGCAAGACGCGCUCGGACAACAUUCAAAUGGAGAAAUCCACCGAUUCUUCCGUCUUGGAUGCGGCUUCCAAUGGUGCAAGCAUUGCUACCGCUCUAGUCUUGGGCAUAAUUGCCAACCUGAUAGCGUUUGUGUCCUUCAUUGCCUUCCUUAACGGAAUAUUGGCGUGGCUUGGUACGCUGAUAGGUCUGGAGGACGUUUCAUUGGAGAACAUUUUCGGUGCCAUCUUCCGCCCAUUAGCCUUCGUCAUGGGUGUCCCCUGGGAUGAAAGUUACUACGUUGGCAAACUGAUUGGAACGAAAACGAUCAUCAACGAGUUCGUCGCUUACCAGCGAUUGGGAGAGUUCAUCAAGAACAACCUGCUGUCGCCACGGUCUUCAGCAAUCGCAACGUAUGCCAUUUGUGGUUUCGCCAACCCUAGUUCGCUAGGCAUUUUGAUCGGAGCGCUGAGCGCAAUGGUGCCCGAAAAACGCAGCGUUUUUACGGCGGUUGCCUUCCGAGCAUUCAUCACGGGGUCGAUCGUUUGCUUCAUGACGGCCAGUAUAGCAGGUUUACUAAUGGAUGCGAACAUCUUCAACAAUUUCGGAAAAUCCCUCGCUGAAGGAGCACUCAUUAACUCGACCGUUGUCUGAAGUCUGUUUAAAAGCAUUUACUGUAGGUUUAAUGUGAGUGUGAAUCGAGAAAAAUAAAAAAAAGUAAAUGAAUCACCGAACAUAGUUUGAACUAUUGUCAAUGUCGUUUUUAUUCACUUCAAGCGUAAGCGUUUUUUUUUUACAUAGACACAGUGUGUUUUUUUAUAUGUAUUCUUUUGUAGUACCCUUGUGUGAUUGCCGUUUGCUCCACAAUAA